AUGAAAGAAGAAAAUAUCCAGUCCCAUCAGGUAGUGGUCGACUUACCGCCUACGCCUCCCGAAACAGUGAUUGAUGGAGAUGAUACAAACGGCGAAGAACUUCUCUCGUUACCUCUGCCACCUCCAUCUACAAUUCCCUCGAAGAUACUGGACAUCGACAUUCCAACGCCUGAUGCGCACGUACCGAGAGAUCCUCGACUGAUUCGACUAACUGGUGUUCACCCAUUCAACGUCGAGGCCCCUUUAACAGACCUGUUCAACGAGGGUUUCUUGACAAGUCCGGAGCUGUUCUACGUAAGGAAUCACGGCGCAGUACCAAUUGUUCAGGAUGAAGAUAUUCCAAAUUGGGAGUUCACGGUUGAAGGCCUCGUGGCCAAUCCUCUCAAGAUCACCCUGAGGGAGCUGCUAUCAGAAUAUGAAAAUGUUACAUAUCCAAUCACUCUAGUUUGCGCAGGCAACAGACGAAAGGAGCAGAACGUCGUCCGCAAAUCGAAAGGUUUCUCAUGGGGCCCCGCCGGUGUCUCAACCGCUCUGUUCACUGGAGUGGUAAUGGCAGACGUCAUCAAGAGGGCAAACCCUUUGAGGAAGGCGAGGUAUGUCUGCAUGGAAGGUGCCGACAAACUUCCAAAUGGCUACUACGGAACCUCGGUGAAACUCAAUUGGGUCAUGGACCCGAAUCGGGGCAUCAUGCUCGCUCACGGGAUGAAUGGCGAAAUGCUCCGACCAGAUCAUGGACAACCGUUGCGAGCAGUGAUUCCAGGUCAGAUUGGUGGCAGAAGUGUUAAGUGGCUGAAGAAGCUCAUAGUCACUGCUGAGCCAAGUGAUAAUUGGUACCACAUAUAUGACAACAGAGUUCUUCCGACGAUGGUGGAUCCAGAUGAGGCUGCUAAGAACCCAGCCUGGUGGAAAGACGAGCGCUAUGCGAUUUACGAUCUUAGCCCUAACUCCGCGAUUGCCUACCCCGCACACGAAGAACAACUUGCCAUUGCAGCAGCGCCAGAAGUAUAUACCGCUAGAGGCUAUGCUUACAGUGGAGGAGGCCGUCGCAUCACUAGAGUGGAGAUAUCAAUCGACAAAGGCAAGACGUGGAGACUCUCAAAUAUCGAAUAUGCCGAAGAUAGGUAUCGAGGUUUCGAAAACAAGCAAUUGUUUGGAGGGAGGCUCGAUAUGGACUGGCGGGAGACAUGUUUCUGCUGGUGUUUCUGGAGCUUGGAUAUCCCUGUGAAAGAACUUCAAGAGGCGAAAGAUAUUCUUGUUAGGUCAAUGGAUGAAAGCAUGUGCAUCCAACCAAGGGAUAUGUAUUGGUCAGUCUUGGGUAUGAUGAACAAUCCUUAUUACCGGAUAGUUAUUCACAGUGAGAACGGCUCACUUCGAUUCGAGCAUCCAACACAGCCUGCGCUCCUCCCUGGAGGCUGGAUGGAGAGGAUAAAGAAGGCUGGGGGCAAUUUGACAAACGGCCAAUGGGGUGAGAGGAUAGGCGGUGAAGCCGAUGAUGCAGUCGUCGUUGAAACACCAAAAGAGAUCAAGAUGACCAAGGAUGGCCUGGACCGGGAGAUCACAAUCGAUCAGCUCCGAAAACAUGAUAAAGCAGAACAGCCGUGGUUCGUCGUCAAUGGUGAGGUGUAUGACGGGACAGCAUUCCUGCAGGAGCAUCCAGGAGGAGCACAGAGUAUCAUCUCAGCUGCUGGGUUAGACAGCACUGACGAGUUCAUGGCAAUCCACAGUGAGACUGCUAAGGCGAUGAUGCCCUCCUAUCAUAUUGGAUCUCUGGAUGAGGCCUCCCGUAGAAUUCUUGCAGAAGGAGAACCGCAAAAUGAGUCCACUGAGCUAAGGCCGAUCUUCCUCAACUCAAGAGUGUGGAACAAAGCCCUUCUCCACUCGAAAGUUUCCGUAUCCUGGGACACCCGAAUCUUCACCUUCAAGCUGGAGCAUGACGACCAGCCACUUGGUCUGCCGACUGGCCAGCAUCUGAUGAUCCGACUUCGCGAUCCCGUGACGCAAGAAAACAUCAUUCGCAGCUACACCCCUAUUUCUCAGACCACAAGGAAAGGCUUCUGCGACGUCCUUGUGAAAGUCUAUUUUGACACGAAAGAGCGCGCCGGCGGCAAGAUGACGAAAGCACUCGAUGCGAUCCCAAUUGGUAAUACCGUAGACUUCAAAGGACCCAUUGGAAAAUUCGAAUACCUUGGCCAUGGUCUUUGCGCAGUCAACAGCGUGCAGCGACAAGUGAGGCGCUUCUUUAUGAUCUGUGGCGGUUCAGGCAUCACACCCAUCUUCCAGGUUCUCCGCGCCGUCAUGCAGGACAAGGAAGAUCCCACUACGUGCGUUGUUUUCGAUGGGAACCGUCUUGUCGAAGAUAUCCUCUGCAAAGAGGAUCUAGACACCUUUGCAAGAGACAAUGUCGACCGAUGUAAACUGAUCUAUACUCUCACCCAAGGCCCUGAAGACUGGCAAGGAUUGAGAGGCCGAAUCGGGGCAUCAUUGCUGGAAGAGCAUUGCGUCAGAGGGGAGGAUGAGGAUGCGUUGGUACUCAUCUGCGGUCCAGAAGCGCUUGAGAAGAGCGCACACGCUAUCCUAAAUGAGCAAGGCUGGUCGGAUGCAGAUUUGCUGUUCUUCUAGUCUCUUGUGCAAAGAAGCACGGGGAACGGGGGCUUCACGAGGACACAGACUUGCAAAAGUGGCGUUUUUGGGAGCAUCUGAAGCCUUUUC